GAGGGCAAGGUGGUGUGUAGCAGCCUGGAGCUCGCGCAGGUCCUGCCCCCAGAUACUCUGCCCAACCGCACGGUCACCCUGAUUCUGAGUAACAAUAAGAUAUCCGAGCUGAAGAAUGGCUCAUUUUCUGGGUUAAGUCUCCUUGAAAGAUUGGAUCUCCGAAACAAUCUUAUUAGUAGUAUAGAUCCAGGUGCCUUUUGGGGACUGUCAUCUCUAAAAAGAUUGGAUCUGACAAACAAUCGAAUAGGAUGUCUGAAUGCAGACAUAUUUCGAGGACUCACCAAUCUGGUUCGGCUAAACCUUUCGGGGAAUUUGUUUUCUUCAUUAUCUCAAGGAACUUUUGAUUAUCUUGCCUCAUUACGGUCUUUGGAAUUCCAGACUGAGUAUCUUUUGUGUGACUGUAACAUACUGUGGAUGCAUCGCUGGGUAAAGGAGAGGAACAUCACAGUACGGGAUACCAGGUGUGUUUAUCCUAAGUCACUGCAGGCCCAACCAGUCACAGGCGUGAAGCAGGAGCUGUUGACAUGCGACCCUCCGCUUGAAUUGCCAUCUUUCUACAUGACUCCAUCUCAUCGCCAAGUUGUGUUUGAAGGAGACAGCCUUCCUUUCCAGUGCAUGGCUUCGUAUAUUGAUCAGGACAUGCAAGUGUUGUGGUAUCAGGACGGGAGAAUAGUUGAAACUGAUGAAUCGCAAGGUAUUUUUGUUGAAAAGAACAUGAUUCACAACUGCUCCUUGAUUGCAAGUGCCCUAACCAUUUCUAAUAUUCAGGCUGGAUCUACUGGAAAUUGGGGCUGUCACGUCCAGACCAAACGUGGGAAUAAUACGAGGACUGUGGAUAUUGUGGUGUUGGAGAGUUCUGCACAGUACUGUCCUCCAGAGAGGGUGGUAAACAACAAAGGUGAUUUCAGAUGGCCCAGAACGUUGGCGGGCAUUACUGCAUAUCUGCAGUGUACGCGGAACACCCAUGGCAGUGGGAUAUAUCCCGGCAACCCACAGGAUGAGAGAAAAGCUUGGCGCAGAUGUGAUAGAGGUGGCUUUUGGGCAGAUGAUGAUUAUUCUCGCUGCCAAUAUGCAAAUGAUGUCACUAGAGUUCUUUAUAUGUUUAAUCAGAUGCCUCUCAAUCUUACCAAUGCCGUGGCAACAGCUCGACAGUUACUGGCUUACACUGUGGAAGCAGCCAACUUCUCUGACAAAAUGGAUGUUAUAUUUGUGGCAGAAAUGAUUGAAAAAUUUGGAAGAUUUACCAAAGAGGAAAAAUCAAAAGAGUAUUCACCCAAUAUUGCUCUGGAAGCUUAUGUCAUCAAGGCUACUGGCUUCACGGGGAUGACCUGUACCGUGUUCCAGAAAGUGGCAGCCUCUGAUCGUACAGGACUUUCGGAUUAUGGGAGGCGGGAUCCAGACGGAAACCUGGAUAAGCAGCUGAGCUUUAAGUGCAAUGUUUCAAAUACAUUUUCGAGUCUGGCACUAAAGAAUACUAUUGUGGAGGCUUCUAUUCAGCUUCCUCCUUCCCUUUUCUCACCAAAGCAAAAAAGAGAACUCAGACCAACUGAUGACUCUCUUUACAAGCUUCAACUCAUUGCAUUCCGCAAUGGAAAGCUUUUUCCAGCCACUGGAAAUUCAACUAAUUUGGCUGAUGACGGAAAACGACGCACUGUAGUUACCCCUGUGAUUCUCACCAAAAUAGAUGGUGUGAAUGUAGAUACCCACCACAUACCUGUUAAUGUGACGCUGCGUCGAAUUGCACAUGGAGCAGAUGCUGUUGCAGCCCGGUGGGAUUUCGAUUUGCUGAACGGACAAGGAGGCUGGAAGUCAGAUGGGUGCCAUAUACUCUAUUCAGAUGAAAAUAUCACUACAAUUCAGUGCUACUCCCUUAGUAACUAUGCAGUUUUAAUGAACAGUUUGAUUAGAAUCAGCCUCAAGAGCUGGCACAUGCUUGUGAACUUGUGCUUUCAUAUUUUCCUAACCUGUGUGGUCUUUGUGGGAGGAAUCACCCAGACCAGGAAUGCCAGCGUCUGCCAAGCAGUUGGGAUAAUUCUUCACUAUUCCACCCUUGCCACAGUACUAUGGGUAGGAGUGACAGCUCGAAAUAUCUACAAACAAGUCACUAAAAAAGCUAAAAGAUGCCAGGAUCCUGAUGAACCACCACCCCCACCAAGACCAAUGCUCAGAUUUUACCUGAUUGGCGGUGGUAUCCCUAUCAUUGUCUGCGGCAUAACCGCAGCAGCGAACAUUAAGAAUUAUGGCAGUCGGCCAAAUGCACCCUAUUGCUGGAUGGCGUGGGAACCCUCCUUGGGAGCCUUCUACGGGCCAGCCAGCUUCAUCACUUUUGUAAACUGCAUGUACUUUCUGAGCAUAUUUAUUCAGUUGAAAAGACACCCUGAGCGCAAAUAUGAGCUUAAGGAGCCCACGGAGGAGCAACAGAGAUUGGCAGCCAAUGAAAAUGGAGAAAUAAAUCAUCAGGAUUCAAUGUCUUUGUCUCUGGUUUCUACAUCAGCCUUGGAAAAUGAGCACACUUUUCAUUCUCAGCUUUUGGGGGCCAGCCUUACUUUGCUCUUAUAUGUUGCAUUGUGGAUGUUUGGGGCUUUGGCUGUUUCUUUGUAUUACCCUUUGGACUUGGUGUUUAGCUUCGUUUUUGGAGCCGCAUGUUUAAGCUUCAGUGCGUUCUUCAUGGUCCACCAUUGUGUUAAUAGGGAGGACGUUAGACUUGCGUGGAUCAUGACUUGCUGCCCAGGACGGAGCUCGUAUUCAGUACAAGUCAAUGUCCAGCCCCCCAACUCCAGCGGGACAAAUGGAGAGGCGCCCAAGUGCGCCAAUAGCAGUGCGGAGUCUUCAUGCACAAACAAAAGUGCUUCAAGCUUCAAAAAUUCCUCCCAGGGCUGCAAGUUAACAAACUUACAGGCGGCUGCAGCUCAGUGCCAUGCCAAUUCUUUACCUUUGAACUCCACCCCUCAACUUGAUAAUAGUCUGACAGAACAUUCGAUGGACAACGAUAUUAAAAUGCACGUGGCUCCUUUAGAAGUUCAGUUUCGAACAAAUGUGCACUCAGGCCGCCACCAUAAAAACAGAAGUAAAGGACACCGGGCAAGCCGACUCACAGUCCUGAGAGAAUAUGCCUACGAUGUCCCAACGAGCGUGGAAGGAAGCGUGCAGAACGGCUUACCUAAAAGCCGGCUGGGCAAUCACGAAGGACACUCAAGGAGCCGAAGAGCUUAUUUAGCCUACAGAGAGAGACAGUACAACCCACCCCAGCAAGACAGCAGUGAUGCUUGUAGCACACUUCCCAAAAGCAGCAGAAAUUUCGAAAAGCCAGUUUCAACCAGUAGUAAAAAAGAUGCGUUAAGGAAGCCAGCUGUGGUUGAACUUGAAAAUCAGCAGAAAUCUUAUGGCCUCAACUUGGCCAUUCAGAAUGGACCAAUUAAAAGCACUGGGCAGGAGGGAUCCUUGCUGGGUACCGAUAGCACUGGCAAUGUUAGGACUGGACUGUGGAAACACGAAACUACUGUGUAACGUUGCUGGGCUUCCUAGGCAGAAAUUCAUAGAAACUGUGAUAUUCACAUUCCUUCAAGCUAUGAACAUUUAAAAACUGUUUACAGCCACCAUAGGGAUUCAAAAGAAUUUGGAAUAAACUUUGAAGUUUUGGAUUUUACUUACUUUUAUCCCCAAAUUGUUGCUAUGUUUUAGGAUCUGAAAUAAAAUCUUUCUAAAACAUUGUUUUCGUUGUCAAAGCACCAACAGGACAUUUUGGGAUCUGAAAUGUAAUUUCUUGGAAUCUGUACUUUGUACUUAACAUUUCAGGCUUGUAUUUAAUAUAAUAAAUAGGUGUUUAUUAUUGUGUCAA